UGCCUCUGAAAUAUUUAUGGUAGCAGUAUCAGCCCAACGCAUUCAAAACAAGCGACUUUAUUAUCAGUUAAGUGCUUGCCCCGGUAUAUGAAAUAUAAGGAAGAAUGUCCAAGGAGCACUGGAUGCGGGAUUUGCCCAAGGAGCUGAGGGAUCUGUCGAUCAUUAAUUUGGCUAUUCCAGGUUCCCACAACUCGAUGACAUAUGGAAUUAACAGCAAGUCCAAGCUAUCACCAGAUGCGGAAACUUCCAUUCGGCGCUGGCAUCGAUUCUUUCCCUGCUUUGUGCGACGAUGGAGCAGGACCCAAGCCUGCGGGACCAUAGAGCAACUGCAACUGGGAGUGCGAUACUUUGAUCUGAGAAUCGCCCAGAAGGACGAUAAAUUCUACUACUGCCAUGGUCUCUUUGCAAUGGAGAUCUUUGAGCCGCUCUUGGAGAUCCGUCAGUUUCUGGACUCGCAUCCCGACGAGUUGGUCAUUCUCGAUCUCCAGCACUUCUACGACCUGACUGUGGCCCAUCACCAGCGGUUGCACAAGGAGCUCAUCCAGUUUUUCGGCCAACGGGUGUACUCCACCGCCGAUGGUACCCUCAAGGAUUGUACAUUGAACCGUUGUGCGGAAAUCAAACGCCAGUUGGUCAUCAUUUACCGAAGGUGUCCCAUUCCCUUGCCCCUUCGGUUUUGGCCUAGUUUUGCUUGGCCCACUCCGUGGCCAAACAAAGCGAGUGUCAAGCAGCUGCAAUCCUUCUUGGAGGACUCGCUACUGUCGAGGCAACCCCAGCAGGGAUAUGUCUCCCAGUGCCUUAUUACGCCCACUGGUCGCUACAUUGCCUUCCGGUUCUUCUUCACCCUAAAAAGCACUGCCAAACGGGUGGACAAGAAGUUGCAGCCCUGGAUUAAGGAGCAGAUUCCCGGGCCCUUUGAGCCUAAGGAGGAGCCGAAAGUAAACGUUUUCCUUGCCGAUUUUGUGGACCUCAAGGAUGGCCAGUUUUGCGAUUGGGUGUUGGAGCUAAACAAUAAAUUAGAGGAACGAUUGGCUGAGAAUCCGAGACAGGAAUAUAUUGAGAAUGGGGAUUGAUAGUGCAUAUUAUCCUGCAUAAGGUAAUGCGGAAACAAUCCGCGCCACUUUGAUUUUGAUACCUAAUUGUUAUAAAAAACGUGAUAAGCUUUUGUGUAACCAGGACAAUUCCUUUUUUUAAGCCUUUCAGUGCUAUUUAUUAAUGAGCAAAUAUGUACAAACUCGUUUCAAAAUUAAGUUUCUCAAAACUCGAUUGACCUAAAAAGAUAGGUUAUUGAUUUGAUAAAAUGAUUAUAUUGAUUUUUUUAACGAAAUAAGUCGCUCAAAUUAUUGUCUGUGAAAUGUAUUAUUACGCAAGCUGUUUCCGAUUGUUGGUGCUAUUAAUAUUUUAUUUUUAAAAACCAAUAUACAAAAAUAUAUAUACA